AUGUUUCGUGUAGUAUCAGAUCAUGAAGAUUUCUCUUCAAAAAGGUGUGUUUGGGUUAAUGGUCCAGUAAUUGUUGGAGCUGGGCCAUCAGGACUUGCGGUCGGGGCUUGUUUAAAGGAACAAGGAGUUCCAUUCGUGGUUCUCGAAAGAGCUGAUUGUAUUGCAUCUUUAUGGCAAAAACGUACGUACGAUCGUCUUAAACUUCAUCUACCUAAAAAAUUCUGCCAGCUUCCUAACCUUGCCUUUCCUGAAGAUUACCCUGAAUACCCAUCUAAGAAACAAUUCAUUUCUUACCUCGAGAAUUAUGCUAAGAAAUUCGACAUAACCCCGCAAUUUAAUGAAAGUGUUCAGUCAGCCAAGUAUGAUGAAACUUGUGGGUUAUGGAGAGUCAAGACAGUUUCUACUGAUCCUUUUGGGACCGGUAACCGUGCUGAAGUUGAGUACAUUUGCAGAUGGCUUGUCGUUGCUACCGGGGAGAAUGCCGAAAAUGUAGUACCUGAAAUUGAAGGUUUGUCUCAUGAAUUUGCCGGUGAAAUUGUCCAUGCCUGUGAUUACAAAUCUGGUGAAGAUUACCGCGGUAAAAGGGUUCUUGUCGUUGGAUGCGGGAACUCAGGAAUGGAACUAUCUCUUGAUCUUUGCAACCAUAAUGCCUUUCCAUCGAUGGUCGUUCGCUCUUCUGUUCAUAUUUUACCAAGAGAAAUUCUCGGAAUUUCAACAUAUGAAUUAGCUGGGAUGUUGAUGGCUUGGUUACCGUUAUGGGUUGUCGAUAUCUUAAUACUGAUUAUGGCUUGGUUAAAAUUCGGAAGCAUGGAGAAAUACGGAUUGAAGAGGCCAGCAAUGGGUCCAUUGACACUCAAAGGUGCUAUUGGAAAAACACCUGUUUUGGACAUUGGUGCCUUAGAAAGAAUCAAAUCAGGUGAUAUUGAAGUUGUUCCAGCAAUUCACAAGUUCUCUAAAAGCUCCGUUCAACUCGUUAAUGGCGAAAUUCUGGAUAUCGAUGCUGUUAUUCUAGCAACUGGAUAUCGCAGCAAUGUUCCCUCUUGGUUGCAGGAAAGUGAAUUCUUUUCCAAGAACGGGUUUCCAAAACCCUCAUUCCCAAAUGCAUGGAAAGGACAAUCAGGAUUGUAUGCAGUAGGGUUUACAAGGAGAGGUCUGUCUGGUGCUUCCUUUGAUGCUACAAAAAUUGCCCAAGAUAUUGGGCAAGUAUGGAAAGAAGAAACUAAGCAAAAGAAAACAACCAAAGCUGCUUGUCAUAGAAGAUGCAUUUCACAGUUUUAAUUUUUUUUUCUUUUUUAGAAAAAAAAAAUUGAUUUAUUCAAUUUACACAUACAU